UGAUUUUGGUAAAAAUAACGGCGGUCUCUAUCUCUCUCUCUCUUCACUUUAACCUAAAACAAGUCUAGUCUAGUUCAAUCAAUGUGGUUCAUACAGAGAAGCUUCGUUUUCUUUGUCUGAUUUGGAACCAAAGCUCAGAUCAUUGUAGACGAUAUAUAUAUAUAUCCAAGAGACUCGUUUGUUGAAGAUGAUGAUGAUGCUCCUCAAGCCCUCCUUAUCUUCUCAAGUUUCCAAUCUCCGUGUCUCUGUAUCGUUUCUUCACAGCGUGGGCGUGGCACUAUCUUCAGAUAGAGAGAAGCUCACCGUAGUAGAAAAAGACGAUGACGACGCCGAAACUGUUUACCAGAUGAUCAAUGGAUCAAAUCUGCAAGGAGAUUUGAAGGAAUCGUUGAGCUCGAGUGGAAUCCACUUGUCCAAGGACUUAAUCGAUAAGGUUUUGAAAAGGGUAAGGUUUAGCCAUGGGAACCCUCUGCGAACCCUAGAGUUUUACAGGUACGCUGAUGCUAAAAGAGGGUUUUGUAAUUCAUCGUUUUCUCUAGACACAAUGCUCUAUAUCCUCGGUAGAAGUCGACAGUUCGAUCAAAUUUGGGAGAUUUUGACUGAGACUAAGCGAAAGGAUCGAUCUUUGAUGUCGCCGAGGACUAUGCAAGUGGUUUUAGGUAGAGUUGCUAAGUUGUGUUCCGUUAGACAAACUGUUGAGUCUUUCUGGAAGUUUAAGAGAUUGGUUCCUGAUUUCUUCGACACGGCUUGUUUCAAUGCUCUCUUGAGAACUCUUUGCCAAGAGAAGACUAUGACUGAUGCUAGGAAUGUGUAUCAUAGCUUGAAGAAUCAGUUUCAGCCUGAUUUGCAUACGUUUAACAUACUUUUAUCUGGUUGGAAGUCAUCGGACGAAGCUGAGGCUUUCUUUGAGGAAAUGAAGGGAAAAGGGCUAAAGCCUGAUGUGGUUACGUAUAACUCUUUGAUUGAUGUGUAUUGCAAGGAUAGAGAGAUGGAGAAAGCUUAUAAGGUGAUGGAUAAGAUGCGGGAGGAGGAUGAGACUCCUGAUGUUAUUACUUACACAACUAUCAUAGGUGGUCUUGGGUUAAUCGGUCAGCCUGAUAAAGCUAGAGAGGUUUUAAAUGAAAUGAAGGAGUAUGGAUGUUAUCCUGAUGUUGCGGCUUAUAAUGCUGCUAUUAGGAACUUUUGCAUAGCGAGGAGGCUUGGGGAUGCAGAUAAGUUGGUGGAUGAGAUGGUGAAGAAGGGUUUGUCUCCGAACGCAACUACUUAUAAUCUGUUUUUUCGUGUUUUGUCGUUGGCAAAUGAUUUGGGACGGUCUUGGGAGCUCUAUGAGAGAAUGUUGGGAAAUGGUUGUUUGCCGAAUACACAAUCUUGUAUGUUCUUGAUUAAGAUGUUUAAGAGACACGAGAAAGUGGAUAUGGCGAUGCGGUUGUGGGAAGAUAUGGUGGUAAAAGGCUUUGGUUCAUAUACUUUGGUUUCGGAUGUGCUUUUGGAUUUGCUUUGUGAUUUGGCUAAAGUCGAAGAAGCUGAGAAGUGUUUGCUUGAGAUGGUUGAGAAAGGUCAUAGACCGAGUAAUGUUUCCUUUAAAAGGAUCAAGUUGUUGAUGGAGCUUGCGAAUAAGCACGACAAGGUUAAUAACUUGAAACAAAAGAUGGCUAUAUUCGGUACAGCGAUUCCGCAAUAACAUAUCUUACAUUCUUCCCGCAUUUUUCAAGAGCCAGUCGAGUCCUUCAUGUAAACCGUCACCAGAGAGUGCACUUGAGCUCUGAGUAUGCCUGACAAAACACACAGAUCAUUAGAAGAAAUCAAUCCUCUUCGAAGAAUUAGAGUCUUGAAAGGUUUUCGUAUCUUCUUACCAGUUUCUCUGCCAGAUUUUCUUACGAAGAGAAGCGAGAUCAAGCUUGUUUGUGAUCUCAGAAGCAGACAUAGCACCAGGAACGUCAUGCUUGUUUCCAUAUACAAGAAUAGCCACACUGUCCGGCACACUACCUUGUAUCUGUUAUUUAUGACAUUCAAGUAUCAGAUUAUGUGACUUGGUCAAUGUUUACAAGACAGGUUUGUUGUAUGUUACUUACCUCAUCAAUCACCAUGUUAAGAAAAUAUUUUGCCUCUUCGAUUCGAUCUCUGUCUGUGCUAUCGACUACAAGCACAAGCCCUGCUGCUUCGUGGAAGUAAUGUUUCCAUAAUGGAAUCAUCUGAAGUGUUGUUUUCAGUUAACCCAUUAAUCAGGGAGAGGCCUUAAGAGAGAGUUUCAAAGUCAAAUGGUUGAAAGCUUAAGAGUUAAGAGUUGUGUAGUCCGUCUGAUUCAAGAUCCCAAGAAUCAAUCAUAAAAAGUCAACCAGUUGACUUUGAAUAUCAUUAGUUGUCCGAUUCAUAUUGUUUAUGCAACAAUUAGUAGUGUAUAUUUGUAGAUUUGGGACGGUCUUGGGAGCUCUAUGAGAGAAUGUUGGGAAAUGGGUGUUUGCCGAAUACACAAUCUUGUAUGUUCUUGAUUAAGAUGUUUAAGAGACACGAGGAAGUUGAUAUGGCGA